CCAAACUCCAUCUCCCUCGGAUCUAUUUUCAUUUCCCUUUUCCCGAAUCCAAUCAAAGAGAACGAAAAUGGCAGACCACACAACUCUCCCACAUCGCUUCUUCCUCUCAAUAUCACUACUAUCGAUCCUCGCGGGUUCGCAACCAGAUCUCACCAAAGAACUCGUUUCCCUCCGAUCAUCCUCCGAAUCCGGCGUGAUCCGCCUCAACGACGACACCGUUUCGAAGUUCAUAACCUCCGUAGCCACACCACGACCUUACUCCCUCAUCAUCUUCUUCAACUCGGCUGAUCUCAACAGCAAUCCCCUCCAAGAGUUCCGCAGCGAAUUCGGAUUAGUCUCCGCCUCUUUCAUCGCCAACAACAACAAUAGAUCCGACGUAACCAACAAGCUGUUCUUCUGCGAGAUCGAUGAAUCAUCGGACUCCGAGGCUUUCGGCCUUUUCGGCAUCCAAUUCCUCCCCCAAAUCUGCCUCGUCGAUCCUUUGAUGGAGAAUCCACUACAAGACAAAACAGGCAGGAUGGAGGAAGAAGAUGUGGAUGGAACCGCGGAGUCUGUGUUGGAGUUCAUCGAGAGCCGAACGAAUCUCACCGUUGGUUCACUCCGCCGCCCGCCGCUCCUUUCCAAGACGCAGAUCAGCGUAAUCGCAGCCCUGAUCGCUAUCUCGGCUCCGUUUCUUAUCAAGAAGGUUCUAAAUGGAGAAACGAUUUUCAACAACAAUAGAGUCUGGCUAUACGGCGUCGUUUUGGUGUACUUCUUCAGCGUAUCCGGGACGAUGCAUAACAUCAUCAAAGGAGUGCCUAUGUUCGUCAGAGAUCACCAGGAUUCGAACAAGCUCGUUUUCUUCUACGAAGGAGCGAAUUUUCAGCUCGGGGCGGAGGGGUUCUCUGUUGGGCUCUUGUACAAUGUGGUUGGGCUGCUCUUGGCAUAUGUCACUAACGCGCUUGUGCGCGUUAGGAAUGUCAGUGAGCAAAGGGUGGUUAUGAUGUUGGCUAUGGUCGUCUCGUUGUUGGCUGUGAAGAAGGUUGUUUACUUGAAUAAUUGGAAGACUGGGUAUCAGAUUCAAACGUACUGGCCAUCGAGUUGGCAUUGAUGGAUCUUUUACCUUAAGAGACAAAUAAAGGAAGAAGUGAAGAAGAAGUUGCAAGGGCAUUUGUGAAUCACUAUUACCAUCUCUUUGACAAUGAUCGAUUUU